AUGGUUCAGCAGGAACAAAGGGCUGCUGCAAUGGCCAGCUGCAAUAUUGGGCCUCUCAUAGGUCCUAUCUUGGGCCCCGUGAUCGGAGGCGUUAUACUGACAAGAAAGGGAUCGCGAUGGGGUUUCUGGAUCGCGGCAAUUAUCAGUGGAUGCUUAGCUGCUCUUAUGACGUUAAUCAUGCGCGAAACAUAUGCGCCUGUAAUCUUGCGCCGGAAAAUCGAGAGGUUGCGGAAGGAGACUGGCAAUAAUCGCCUCCGCUCAAAGCUAGACUCAGGUCUUUCUUGUCGGGAGUUGCUCAAGAGGUCUGGCGAGUGCCCCUUGAAGCUGUUAAUAUUUUCGCCGAUAUGUACUGUCACAACUACGGUUGGACUCGUCUAUCUUGGUUUGGGGAUUGGGUCACUCGUUGGCAUAGCUGUUUACACAGUAGACAGCAACCGCUUGAUGAAAUGGACCAAUUAUGUAGUGCACUGGAUCGCCCCGGCAAUUGGUCUGGCUAUCAUCGGUUGUGGUUAUAUUUAUCUUAUUGAUGCAUACUCCACGCACGCUGCAUCUGCCCUUGCAGCGAACCCCGUGAUGCGAUCGAUUGCUGGAGCAAUCCUACCCUUGUGCUGGCUCAAAAUCUAUGCAGUGCUUGGCUUAGGUCGGGGCAAUUCACUACUCGCGUUCAUCGCAGUCGCGCUCAUUCCUGUUCCCUUCGUCAUUUUGCGGUAUGGCGAGAAACUCCGCCUAGAGACUCCGCCUAAAAACGAGUACUACUCGGCUACUGAGGCUCUUUUUCUCGAACUAGAGGGUGGAGACAACUAUGACUCUCGACGUCCUGCUAAUGAGGUAUUGAAUGGACCAUGGCCUUGA